UAACAGCAUACUGCAUACUGUGUGUAGUGAGCAGAAAGUGCAUUGCAACUUCUCUGAUUGCAACAAAUCAGUGGGGCAGGCGGCCUGAGCUGAGUAAGACGCAUGACUGGAGAUCAUCAGUUUUACCUAUCUGAUAGCAAUCGCCCAUGUAAACAAGGCUUAGGCUGUGAGAUUUUUAAAAAUAAAUAGGGACCUCUCUGGAUGGAUGGCUGGAAAUGGUAUCAUGUCAGGUUGUGGCGCCUCUCAGCGGCAUGCCCUAGAAUUGUACGAGUUGAAGAAGAAAGCUGUCAUUUUUUAUCAGGAAAAUAAUGUUCCUGAAAGAAUUGAAGAAAUAUUGAAUUCUUUGUUUUCUUUCUCUUAUUCACUUCUAGAUUUGUAUAAGAGACAGGCCGAAUACUUUUCUCAGCUCUCUAAACCAGCCACUAUUAGUCAGGUAGUUGGACGUGAGAUAUUAGACUGUAAAGGCCAGCCCACUAUAGAGAUUGCUGUGUAUUGUAUUCUAAAUGGAGUUGAGAAGUUGGUGUGCACAUGCAAGGCAUCUAGCUUUACGUCCUUACCAGAAGGUGCUUCAUUGGAAAAGAAAGAGGUUGAGGAAAAAGAGAGAUCCAAAUCCAUCACAUCUGCUUUGAAAGUCAUCGAUGAGUGUAUAGUGCAAAUUCUAAAAGGUGUACAACCUUCCAAUCAGAAUGAAGCUGACAAAUUGUUAAGUGAACUUGCAGAGAAGUUGCAGAAGGAACAUGAAGAAACUUUAGCAACACAGAAAGAACAAGGAAGCGAACCUUUAUUAACUGCUGCAAAAGGCCCAGCAAAGGAGGGGAAAGUGUCGUCAGCAAGAAGCAAAAAGAAGUCUGGAAGUGCCCGCUCUGGAGUGGUGGUUAUAGAGGAACCAAAAGAGAUGAUGGCACCAGGUUGUGAUGCCUUCUGUGUCUCAUCUCAGGCUGUUGCUAGAGCUGCUGCUUCUAUCAAGAACCAACCCUUGUACCAAUACCUUGCACACCUGUACUCCAACCAGGUGAGAACAUUUUGGUUCAUACAAUCUUAUCAUUCUUGUGUUAAGGAAAAAGGCAAAUAUGAGAUUUUGUCUGGCAUGAUGAAGACAGCUGAUGACAUGAUUGAAAUUUACUCUGACUUGAUCACUCGUUAUUCACUGAUUGUUGGUGUCAUUGACCCUCUGAGGAAACAGGAUGCUGAUGCAUGGCAGAAACUAAUAGAGAGAAUUAGUGAGAAAUGCUUUUUGAUUGGUGAUCAUGUCUACCCAUGUGCCGAGAGGCUUGUCAAGGAAGGAUUUGGAGGAUUGCCACCUAGUGCUACUGUUCUCAAACUCCAACAACAAACCACCAUCACUGAUGUUAUAAACACUACAAAAUAUUUAAAAGAUAGUCAGACAGAAUACGUUUUAUCGACUGUACAAGGUGACACUGAAGAUGACUUCAUAGCUGACUUGGCUGUGGGAAUCGGAGCAAAGUUUGUCAAGUUUGGUGGCCUGUCAAGAGGAGAACGAAUUGCCAAGUACAACAGACUGCUUCAGAUAGAAAAUCAGUUGUCAUCGAAGAACCUAUCAAUGCCUUAUGAUGCCCUCAAUAUCCCCAACAUCCUCCCACCUCCCCCAGAAGAGGAUGAGACCAACACACAAGAGCCUGUUGCAGUAUCAUAAGCAGCAGAAAGAUCUUUAUAAUGUGAUCGACAUUAGUGCGCCUCAGAACGAACAAUAUGGCAUAGCAAGGCUUGUGUGCACUGUGGUGUCGCUUACUCUGCCCCUCCAAGAAUUCCAUAAAUAAAUUGGCUCAUGUUGAAGUAUUAGCAUGCAUCAGGCUGUUACAAACAUAAAGAGCUAGUGCAUUUGACAGAUAUGUGGAUACAGUAUUAACAUUAACAUUUACAUGUAUUAGCAUGCAUCAGGCUGUUACAAACAUAAAGAGCUAGUGCAUUUGACAGAUAUGUGGAUACAGUAUUAACAUUAUCAUUUACAUGUAUUAGCAUGCAUCAGGCUGUUACAAACAUAAAGAGCUAGUGCAUUUGACAGAUAUGUGGAUACAGUAUUAACAACCGCCAAUAAUGGUUACAAAAAAUGGAAAUUUUAUUAAAAUAUUUAAUUUUUAUUGUGCCCUCUGCAUCUUAUAAAAAUUAAGUUUGCAAAACAAGGUAGAGUAUAAAAAAAAGUCUUGUCCUAUAAUAUAGAGUCAAAUAUACUUUUUUUAUAUUUACAGAUUUGCUUCUUUUCAUUAAUUCCUAAGAACACCCCUUUAAAGAUGACAUCAUAAUCUUUGAAUACUAAUUUUCAUUUUUUUUUGCCCAACAAAUGUAUAAAAUAUUAUGAUGUAAAUACUGUACUAUGUUGUAUGAAAUUUUUCAAAAGGAAGAAUUGUAAAAUAGACUGUUGGUUUACAGUAAAA